AUGAGUGCGAGCAGUGCAAAAGCGUUCGCCAUUGUACCAUUAACUGUUCAUUCGAAAACCUUGCCACCAAUUGUCAACGCUGAACAGGGAACAAGCAGAGGAGAUCGGGCCUCCUCGGCUGGCACGGUGGAGGGCAGAAUGGGUCCAGUUCGCGUAAUGAGUCAAGGCCAAGUGGUGAAUCUUGUUCAGGUGCGUACCCGUGCGAUGAGCACGACAGGAGUUCGUGCGGCGACACUUCGCAAGACCUCUGAUCGACCUCCAAGUCAACCAACACCGAUCGAAACUGCCCCAACUCCCGCCAACACUGACGUCUGA